CUUUGGUGGUUCUGAGGGACGCUUCAGGGUUUCUGCCUUCUGUCCUGCGUCCUGUCCGCCUGGCUGAGGCCUCCUCGCUGUCAUGGAGAGUCUGGAGAAGCAGCUCGUCUGCCCCAUCUGCCUGGAGAUGUUCACCAAGCCAGUGGUCAUCCUGCCCUGCCAGCACAACCUGUGCCGCAAAUGUGCCAACGAUGUCUUCCAGCUGGCGCUGCGGUUCCACCCCGAUAAAAACCCCGACAACCCCGAGGCGGCGGAGAAGUUUAAGGAGCUGAACAGCGCUCACGCUGUUCUGUCUGACCUCACCAAGAGGAACAUCUACGACUCGUACGGAUCGCUGGGACUCUAUGUGGCGCAGCAGUUCGGCGAGGACAACGUCAACACCUACUUCAUGCUGUCCACCUGGUGGGCCAAGGGUCUGUUUGCAGUUUGUGGGAUUCUGACUGGGUUUUACUGCUGCUGCUGCCUCUGCUGCUGCUGCAACUGCUGCUGCGGGAAGCUGAAGCCGCAGCCCACAGGUGAGGGGGCGGAGCCAGAGUAUGUGUCCCCCGACGACCUGGAGGAGGAGCUUCGCAAUGACCCCGACAACGUGCAGGUGGAGCUCACAGAUUGUGUGUCGCUGCUGGUUGGGAACAAUGAGAGAGUUCAGGCAAUCAUCAGUCAGUUGGAGGAAACCUGCAGAGCCGUCGAUGAAAACGGUCGCAGGCAGAAGUCGAAGGUGUGCGAGACGUUCGAUCACCUGUUUGCCAUGCUGGAGGAGAAGAAAGGUGAGCUGACUCUGAGGAUCAACAGCGAGCAGGAGGAGAAGCUCAACUACAUCCGCAGUCUGACCAGGAAGUACACGGAGCACCUGGACGGCACUGCCAAGCUGCUGGAGACCUGCAUCCAGACGCUGGACGAAUCGGAGAUGGCUGUUUUCCUGCAGGCGGCAAAACCUCUGCUGCAGAAGAUCGUGGAAGGAACCAACACGUCUCACCUGGACAAAGUUCAUCCCGCCUACGAGAACAUGGAUCACUUCACGGCUAACUUUGAGCGUCAGAGGAGAGCACUGAGCAUCCUGGACUUCAUCAAACUUGAUGAAGACGAUGAUGAUGAUGAAGACGAGGUCAAUGUCAGAGCGUUGACAGGAAGUCGACCUGAGUCACAGCAGAACUUUACACCUGCAGGAGUCUCAGCCAAUCAGCAGGCUCCUCUGCCAACUGUCAUCUCAGCCCCGCACCCCCAGAGGCCCACAGAGACCCCGCCCAUCUUGGCCUCACACACAAAGAGCCCCGCCCCUUCGUCAUCAUCUGCACAUGUCCCGCCCCCUCUACCCCUCCCCACCGCCAGCUCCGCCCCCCAGUCAGAGCAGCAGAGUGAGUCGGACGACGGACCCAAACACGUUUUCUCCUUCAGCUGGCUCAACCAGAAAUAAAACCUGGACCUGGAUCAGUGCGACCCGGUUCUUCCCUGUGCAGAACUUGAGUCCAAACUGCAGAAACAUAAGCAGACCUGAAACUGUUCAUUAGCGUUGGUGAAGGGAGAACAAAAUGCCAAACAGAAACUCUUCUGAUGACAGACUUUUUGUAAAGUCUGGAGGAUGUUUUUUGAAUCCUGAAAUAUUUGUCCUUUGUGUUUGCUGUUGGAAAUAAAUGGUUGUUUUAUCAUUGA